CCCAAAACCAUUCACUCCCCCUUCUCCAUUUUUUUUACCUCCGGCUCUUCGUAAUGAAGCUUCCAUCUUCGGCAAGCGCGAACCAACAGCCCUCGUUAUCUUUUCAACUCUAACGAUCUCUGCUAUUAGAAUCUCGAUUCGCUUAGUUGGUCCUUGGAUUCGCUCAGAUGGUUCUUGGGUUCGCCGGUUUUCGAAUUUUUCUUGGAUUCUUCAGUUCUCGGAUUCCUCUUGUGUUUGCCAGUUCUCUGAUUUGCCGGUUCUCAGAUUCUUCUCUGACCUAACCAGAUUUCACUAUCUCCUGUCAAUGGCACCCAACAAGAAAUGGAUGAGCUCGUUUAGUGAUCAGCUGAACAAACAAUAUCAAGAUGGUAUUAAGGCGUUUCUGAAUUAUGCAUUACUGAGGACAUUCUAAGUGUAGAGGUUGCCUCUCAAAUCCGGAACUAAAAAUGUCAAGAUACUUGGUGACCUGAAGUAAAAUGAAAACGUUAAAGUAUGUGAGACACUGAGACUUUAAUUGGCAGAUGGAGCAGAGCAUGCUAGUACAGUUCAACUAUACAUCACUCAUGAAAAAUUGAUGGGGAUGAAGAUCGAGCUUCUAGCUAUUGGUGAACCCAAGACUAUGAAGGAGUAGUGGUUGCCUUUAAAUGAACACAUGCAGAAGGCAGUCAAGGGGCUUAGUACCAUCAAAAAUGAAGUUGGCUAGUGGAUUAGAAGAAGCCAAUUGGAUUAUAAGCUUGAACUACUCAAAUUAUGAAAGCUGGUGGAAUAGAGAUGAAGCAUUAAAGACUUUUGAUACUCGCUGAUGUAUUAGUUUUUUCUUAGUGUUUACUUUGCGAUACUUUUUGCCUUUUUAGUUGUCUUUUCAGUGGACAAAACUUAGAUUAGGGGUGUAUGGCUAAUGUACACACUGAAUGUUGUUUUUUAGUGUUGGUUUAGUUUGUUACAUUGAUCUUGGAAAUAUAAUUAUAUUAUUAUGUUUUAUGGUUCAA